AUGGCUUAUACCGAUCUGCUGGCACAACGCAAGUGGGCUUUUGAUCUGAGAUUGAGUCAGCUCAACCACAUUUCCUGCUCUAAGACAUCGUUGUCCGAGAUCCUGCGCACUCGCCGUCCGCCCGAUCCGGCCAAAACAGGCAGUAGCCGAGCCCGCUCAAAACAGGCUCCCGAGGAGUCCAGUUUCCUGAGAACCCGUCGCCUUCAGACGGCUGCCCUUAUCGGCUCCGCCCGCGCUCUGGACGGUGCUGAUGAAGACGGUGAUCCGGAUAGUAUGGCGAUGAAUCCACUGCUGAAUGCGGCAGCAGGUGGUCUCUCAAACCUCUUCCCCACUUCACCAGUGAAGUCCACAAUGCAGCUCUCCUCCGCGGCUGACUCCCUCUCAGCCGGUUUUCCCUCCCCGCGCGCACUGACUGCAGCCAUUGAGUCCAACUCUCACUACGCCCAUGGUGAUGGCCACAUGGCGCAAUCAAGGCCGGGUCUUCUGAGUGCUGAGACUUGUGUCGCAAGGAUCCUUUAUGGCUCGCUCUGGCGGUGGUUGGAGGAUGUCACGACCUUGGUUCGCGAAGAAGUCCUCGGCAGUAAUCACUUUCUUCCUGUUUUGCUGCCACCAGUAACGGCGACAACAACGCCGCCGUCGCCAACCAACGAGUCUUCCCUAGGGGUAGGUUCCUUGACUGAGCAUAUUAUUGGAGGGCUAGCGUUCCCCGCCCCCUAAGUAGUGAUUUUUUAAGCAUCCAAUGAUACGCUAGUAAACACGAGACAGUGCCUGUUUUUUUAAAGAAAUUUGUACCAUCCAGAGAGUAAGCAUUUGCGGUCCAGUAGUCAGUGUGCUACCAGGACUUGGCGUGUUGAGGCCUCUCAUAUCACUGUGAAGUGACGACCACGAACUGUCGUUAAGUAGGUUCUCGUAGCAGGGGCUGCCUCGAGGUUAGGUUUUGAAUCGCUAGAGGAGACAUCUUUAGUAAGGCCGUCCGAGUGACUGUUGGAGACCCGCCCGUGCCUAGAAUUAUCAAUAAACAAUGGUAGAGGGGCACUCACCGGUAGUUCUUACGGAACGCACUCGUUCCGUUGUGCCUUAUGAGCUCUCUCUCGAGCCCUACCAGCGGCCGCACGGUGGUGCAACCACUGACUGGCUGACGAUGGCUAAUAAACCAGAAAUGGCCAUUCCAGUCCCCCUUGUCUUUGUCGGUGAUAACAUUCAGCCUAUAUCAUGCGCCGCUGUACGACUGCUGGUUGGGCUCGAGAGCGAGCCCGUAAGGCACAUCAAAACAAUAGAAUUCCGAAAUAACGAUCGGUGAGCGCUCCCUCUACUAUUACAUAUUCUUGAUCGCAACCGACAAGACAAC